GAAAGCGAAAUGGCGACCAGCCCAGGACAGGGGCUUUCGUUGGCGAUAAAGCCACUUUUGUCGGCGUCAUACUCUUCAUUUAACAAAAAUGACCUACCAGAUUUGACUAAAGGCAUACUAAAAAGUGAAAAAGACAUCCUGGAACAUGAUGAUGAGUUUGAGCCAUUCUACUCCUCCUUUGUGGCUCUUUCCUCUCACUUCAUCAGUGCAAGCUCCAGUAACUUGACAAAGUCAACAUUAAUUCAGGCGAGCAAUUCAUGUCGAGUGCUGCUGCGCUUCAUGCUGCUACGUCUACAGAACCACAAUGAGAGCUGCACAAUAUCACAGAAAUACUUGAUGAUCUUGAUCAAGGGGCUGUGCAAUGGAGGAGGAUGUCUACCUAAGGCUGAUGUGGUGACGUUUGCUUCAAUGUUGAAGUCUGCCACUCGACCCCCAUACAUCACAGAUGAGGACGACACAGAACAAGAGGAGAUAAAACCCAAAGAAGUGAAAAGACCACGCCUGGACACUGGAAACAACUUGUUUGACCAGUUGACCUCGGUCUUUGAUGAAAUGGGUGGCGGCGGUGUACCAAAGACAAGCACCCCGACAGAAGCUAUGAACAAUGAUGGCAACAACACUGUGAUCCAUGUUGCCGAUUCCACAGAAGAAAUGACAAGCUUGUUUGCCAAGAAGAACACAGCUCACUUGCUCCAGCUGAAUGGAGCCAAUGUGUUGGUGGACUGUUGCUUCCAACUGACGUUUCUUGGAAAAUAUAUCCAGCGAUACAAGGACGCUGUUGCAGGGAAAACGUUCCUGAUGCCAGGAACUUUGUCUGAGGCUCUCACAACAAGGAAUAGCUAUCAGGCACUGCUGAGCGAUAUUUCCAUUGUAUGGCGUGCUUUCUCCCUCCCUGCUCUUGAGCCUCUGACCCCGAAACGCCUGGAGAAAAUUGUCACAGCAACCUUGAGCUGCCUCUAUGCAUCAGUGACAGUUGCCAUGGCAAACACUAUAGUGAACAUGGUGAAACCGACAGCAGCUAACCAGCCGUCAGCAUCCAAGGAUGAGGAGAUCGAGGGGUAUGGAACAAGCAUUGUACAGAAAACGCUUGAUAUAUGCAACACUGUCGCUACUGCUGUGAGGAGUUCAACCAGAGCAGGGGGAAGUGUUUCCCAGAAUUUGAACCUGUUGGCUGCCUGGGUGCUGCUGAAGGGCCUGCAGGGAAUCCUGGGUCUGACUCCAGCCAUGAUCCUGGAGAGGAAGGAUGCUGGGAAGAGCAAGUCCGGCGAGACAGGACAGAAGGGGAAAGAGUCAAGCUCUCCCUCAAGCAGGCCCAUCUCUGGGAGAAGCUCUUUCCAAGGAUUUGGGGCACUGUCUGUGGCGAUAGGAUCUAAUGCAGUACUGCUGCUCACAACCCUGUUUGAAGAUCUGCAAAUAGAAGGAUCUCUGGGUGACCUUAAGACUGUUCCUUCUGAGGUGAAGCCUGGCAUGGAUGUGACCAUCCUGACAUCAGCAUCCGCCUGGAAGAGGGUCAAGAAACUUGUUGCCCGGGUUAACCUGACUGAUCUCCUGCUCAACCUCGUCUUGGUCACUUUCAAGAAGGCUGCCAUGCUGAAGAGACUGAAACAAGGAUCAGAGAGUUCUGAGACCAGCAGCAGCAGCACCUCCGACUCCAACACCUUCUACGAGGAUGACUUCAGCAGCUCCGAGGACAGCAGCGAGGAGGAGGAUGAGGAUUCGGAACCUAUUCUUGGUCACUGGUUUGAAGAGACCCUCUCCCCAGAAGAACCCUCCGAUGCCACACCCCCUCCACCCCUCCAACCCCGAGUUGAAGGUGGGGGUGAAAACAAGAGGAACAGACACCCAAGCAAUGGAGACAAACCAAACUAUGUACCUGACAAAAGAGAACCAGAAGGGUUCGUGUCCAUGGCAACCAGUGUUCUGAGUUUCCUGAAUGUGUUCAUGGUGAACUCUCCUGAUGCUGAGAUAAAGAAGCUGAUCAGAACAUCCCUGAACGAGGAGCAUGUGAGCAACCUGGCUACACUCAUCAGGGAGAUGGACAAGGAAUGCUACAAGGUUGGAAAUGAUAAAGUGUAUGAGGAUAUAUCUGUAGCCCUGGCCAAACUGAAUCACAGUCUCAUAGCAACAGGCUGCCUGUCUGACAACCUGCAGGAUGUGCUGCUAGUCCAGCUGGGAGUGUCACCCAAUUCUGUUGACCCCUGGCCACUGACCGUGUACCCACGGACGCUGGCUGUGCUGGCCGAGGUGCUGCUCCUCAAACAGCAGAAGGAGAGGGAGGCCAAGACCAUCAAGAGUUACAGUGACAACGCAGUCAUCAAUAUCUGGGUCAGGUUCAUUGUCACUCUCAAGACAGCCAUCCUCAACUUCGACAACAAAACGGAACAGUUUGAAGCUAUCAACGUGGAGCACAUGCAGCUGCUGCUGUUCCUGUUCCACAGUCUGCAGCUGAUGCAGAAGAAGUCACUGCUGCUGCGCAUAGCGGAAUGUAUCAUCACACUGGCAAACAUGGAGCCUGAGAAGCUGGAGACGACAGUGCCACUGCCGUUAAGCCGUGUGAUGCUUGUCCUAGACUACCUGCUUCACUACUUCUACGACCCUCCAGCCACCUUCAUUGAUCAGGUCCAGUGGAAUCUGUUCACUGUCCACACACUGACCCAAACAAGUGAUCGUGACACGGGGGUCAUCGCUAAAGCAAGUCAUUUCUUUGUAUGUCGGGAGGUAGAAGAGAACUUUCGCAAAAAUCUCACAACACAAGAACUGUCUGAAGUGGGACAUAUGAAGCCCAGAUUCUACAGCCUUGGACCAGGGGAGAUAAACAAUCAAGACUCGCCAAAGAUAGAUGGACUGGCAUCCAACUUCCUGCUGUCGAAUGCAGAGACCUUGAACUACAACCAGCUGUACGAUGCUUGUAUCAGUCUGCUCAUGGCUGGUUCACGAUGUGACAAAUCCAAGGACAAACUUACGCUACUGGAUGCGUCAGCCAUGCACUAUCACUUCCUGAUCGUGUGGCUCCUACUUGCAUGUCUUCCCCCAUCCAGCCAGUACAUCAAGCUGCUGGAGGGGAGCCAGCUGUCGAUGGGGAAGGGACACAUUCUUCACACACUCCGCUGGGCACCCAGACUUGGGCACAAGGCAUUUGUCAGCUGGGUGAAGGACUGGCUUGUGAAGCAAGGUUCGACCACACAACAGGCAGAGACACUGGUCACAGCAGCCAACACGACAGCAAACAGCAUCAACUAUGAUGUCCGUCUCUCCAUGAAAUUCAUUAAGGACCAGAUUAAGAACCUACCAAUAGUUGAACAGAAGGAGAUCCUCCCAAUGAAGGAUCUGCCCGGUUUGUCAGCCAUCUUGAUGCUGGAUGCAGUAGUUGCCAAAGUGGAGGUGGGACUGGAUGAUGCUUUCUCCAAGCCAGUUGCUGAUCCCCACGAGACGAUGGACAUUGUCCAAGAUUUGAUACCAGCCAUUCUAACUCUUGUUGAAGCUUACAGUGUCUAUGUUAGAUCAUGUGUUCUUGGAGAGGUAGCGGACACUGACGACUCGACCUUGACCCCUCACAGACUACAGGCGUUUGGCAUGGUGAUGAGCAUUGGGUCAAACCGUGCCUCGAAGGUGUCAGUGUUGGGGUCAGAGGUGAUGGCAAUACUCCCGCGCCCUGUGAGGAAUGCUGUGGAAAAGUGGAACGGCAGCAGCGGAAAUGAGUUUCCCAGUAUUGGAGCAUGGCGAAAUGCCUUCGCCAAUGACAUCCUUCCCUGUGAGAGCUACAUGGACACCGUCCACAGUGCCCACAUGGUCACCCUGUCUGGUCAGCCCAGCUUCUGCAUCAACGCCUCCAUGAGACAUGUGCUCAACUCACUUGUCCGCUUUGCCAGUGACCUGGUGGUGUGGUGUCCUGAUGCAGACAGCAGUAAGGAGUUUGUGCGAGUGAUGUUUCCCCUGAUGUACGACAUCACCACAGAAUACCUGGCAGACUCGGUGUCCAACUCCUUAGAGAAGUUCCUGGGUCAGGCUGAUGGGGAGGAGUUUGCUCUCAAGAUGUAUGGUCACGUGAUCUCAGUCUGUCACGAACUCAUUAUCGACUACUCUGAUGCCGAGAGUGGCCUGGACGAGAAGAUCCUGCAGGACUGUCUCAAGUUCAUGGAGAACCAUCUGGAGAAGACAGCAGGGAAGAAAGCCUUUGAACAGUUCUACACUGAGCAUGGAGACCUGACCAGUCUGCUGCUGUCACUGGUCCGAGACAACCUGUCUCCACAGUUUGCGACCAAAGUCCUCAAGUUCUUCAACAAGCUGUUCCACCUAGCCGAGAAGAGUCCUGGAGACAAGAGCUAUGAGUCUCUCUGUGCUUCCCUGUCUAAACUGGCCAGCGUGGACAAAGUCAUCCUCCAGAGCCUGCUGUCAAAGAUUGUUACCAAACCAGAGGAGGGAGAGGAGAAUGAGGGCAAUGUGCGAGAGAACAGAGUGCUGCUGCAGAACCUAACCAUGUUUAUUGUCAAAGAGAAAAGCCCUGUGGGUCAAGAGGUUGCCCAGGCAGUGCUAGCUGCUCUCAUCCCCAUGGGGUCACCGCUGCUGAAGGAGAAAGAUGGAGACAUGUCUGGCUUCCCCGAACUGAUGGUCAUCAUGAACAUGCUGGCAGGGGCGGGGCAGGGGGCAGGCCAUGUCACCCUCUUCCAGGCAGCGACAGGAUGGCUCAAUCUCUGCAAAUCCUACUUGGAGGAGAAGGAUGUUCUAGAGAAGAUUCUUAAGAAUGGAUCUGCAGGAAAGGGAGUUCUCCAGACAAUGUGCUGCCUCCUCACCUAUGUUGGCGAUAUCCUCUGUGCUCUGAAGAGGACCUCAGAGAGAUGCGGGACAGCCACUCCUCCCUUGGAUACAGAUGUGGUUACCAUGCAGGAUGCAGACAGUGACUGGACAGAGGAACUCACCCAGGAUGAUGAGGACUCUGGAGCUGAAGACUCGGAUGAGGAGUCCCUGAACAACAAGCUGUGCACCUUCACCAUCACGCAGAAGGAGUUCAUGAACCAACACUGGUACCACUGUCACACCUGUAAGAUGGUCGAUGGAGUUGGCGUGUGCACGAUCUGUGCCAAGGUCUGCCACAAAGACCAUGAUCUGACAUAUGCCAAGUUUGGGUCUUUCUUCUGUGACUGUGGUGCCAAGGAGGAUGGUAGCUGCAAGGCAUUGGUCAAGAGGACAGCCCAGAGUGGGCUAGACUGUAGUGGCAGUGGACCAGCCCAGUCACCAUUCUCAAUGGACACAGUUCAACCAAGCUCCCUCCGGCGCCGACUGUCGUCCCCAUCCAUAGACGACAAGGCAAGCGAGAUGAUGAAGACCACUGAGAUGAGCAACAAGGCUCGUGAAGCUCUGUGUAGACAGAUUGAAAACUGCAGAGAUAGUCUCCUGUCACAGAUGGAGAGUGCUAACACAGUGACAACGGUGCUGGAGAUGUUGGAGAAGAUCCUGCCGCCACUGAUAGAGAACUACCAGGACAUGUCCCCCAUGGGGUCUACUGCACGAGCUCAGAGGGCCCUGCAGGAACUACACUCCCUCUCCAAGAAAAUAGAACCAGCCUCGGAACAGCUCAUGACGGUGACACUUGGAUCCCAGGAAGGAGCCUUUGAGAACGUGAGGAUGAACUACAGCGGGGAACAAGGGCAGACAAUCCGCCAGCUGAUCACCGCCCAUAUGCUGCGUCGUGUUGCUAUGUGUGUGUUGUCCUCGCCCCACGGCAAGAGACAGCACCUGGCCAUCAGUCAUGAGAAGGGCAAGAUCACCAUCCUCCAGCUGUCCGCUCUCCUCAAACAGGCUGACUCAAGCAAGAAGAAGCUCACCCUCACUAGACUGUCCUCAGCACCGAUCCCAUUCACAGUUUUAUCCAUCACAGGCAACCCAUGUAAUGAAGACUUCCUUGCUGUGUGUGGACUCAAGGAUUGCCAUGUUUUGACCUUCACCAGCUCAGGCACUGUGGCAGACCAUCUUGUUCUGCACCCAUCUCUGGCCACUGGAAACUUCAUCAUCAAGGCAAUAUGGCUGCCAGGCUCCCAGACUGAACUUGCUGUGGUCACUGCUGACUUUGUCAAGAUAUACGACCUUGGCCUUGACGCUAUCAGCCCUCAGUACUACUUCCUACUGCCAAGUGGUAAGAUCCGUGACGCCACAUUCGUGUACACCGAGGACGGAUGCUACAUAGUACUGAUGGCAUCCACUGGCUACAUCUACACCCAGCUGAUGGAGGACUGCAGCAGUGCUGUACAUGGACCCUUCUACAUCACCAACGUCCUCGAGGUCAAACAUGCGGACCUCAAGGAUAACAAUGGUCAGGUGGCAGGAGGAGGCGUGUCUGUGUUCUACUCUCACGCCCUGCAGCUGUUGUUCUUCAGCUACACACAAGGCAAGAGCUUUGUUGCCCCGGUGUCCAAGGAGCUGACACAAGUGACGAACCUGUUCCCCAUCAGCUUCAAGAGUUCCAAUGGUGGAGGCAAGGGAGGUAACAACUACCAGCCCCUAGUUCAGUGGUCAGAGGUGGCAGGUCACACUGGCCUCCUAUACUGCAUGGCGCAGACCUCCAACAUUUCUUUUUCAUAGAGAUCGUCCUUGGGGUACAUAUUAUGCAUUUUCCGGCUGAAAAAUGUCCUCAUGGCGGAGGCUUCCGUUUUGCCGGCUCUGCGGGAGAUACAAGAUGUAGUGGCCAUGAGGCAUGUUGCUUCCAACACUGACCAGCAACGCACCACCAUGAUCCUCCUGUGUGAGGAUGGCAGCCUCCGUAUCUACAUGGCCAACGUGGACAACACCAACUACUGGCUGUCUCCCUAUCUCCAGCCUCAGAGUCCCAUAGCAGUACUCAAACCAGCCAAGAAGAAGAAGUCCAGCAAAUCAGGACGCCCAGCAGGGGUGGUGACAUUCCCUAUUGACUUCUUUGAACACUGCCAGCAGACCAAUGACAUUGAAUUCGCUGGCAAUGAUGUGCUGCAGGUGUACAAUGUCCAACAGGUGAAGCACAGGCUGAACACAACAGGGAUGUACAUCGCCAGCACCAAGCCUGCUGGUUUCACGAUUGACCUGAGCAAUACCAACAACACCACUGUGAUGGUGGGAGUGCGGGUAAUGGUUGGGAGCCAGAGCUUAGAGAGAGCGCCUUCCUACCUGGAAGUGUUCGGACGCACCACCCAGGUUAAUGUCAACCGGGCCAGGUGGAUCGACAUGGCCUUCACUCGAGAAGAGUCUCUCACAGCUGACAAGAAGUUCAGCCUGUUUGUUGGUGCCAGUGUGGACCCUGCAGGCGUGACCAUGGUAGAUUCCAUCAAGGUGUAUGUCAAGACCAAGGAGGCCUUCGGAUGGCCGGAGGAAACUGAUGAGUUCCCAGAAUCCACUGCUCCGAAAGUCAUGGCUGCUGUUGCUGCUGCAGCGGCAUCAACUGAAACUGACACAGUGCAGAAUGUACCUCUGCCUAUGACUACAGCAGACAAGCUUCUGAGCAGUGCACUUGAAGUGUUAGAGGGAGCAUUUGCUGCAGGCAAACUUGAAGAAAAGGAUCCACAGCGAGACAAGGCCCUGGAUCUGUCCACCAGCCUGCUGACCCUCCCCACGCCACCCACAGUCCAGCAGCACACCAAGUCUCUCCUGGCCUCACUGUUUGCUAACAAGGCUACCUACCACAACCACAAGGACCAGGCUCAGCUUGUCCAUGUGAUGAAGAGUCUGUCAAGGGAGAGCUCGGACAUGGAUGUGGAAGCCUUCCAGAGACUGGUGGUCACAGCGCGCUCAGUCGCUGUCUCACGGCCCGCCAACCUACUUAAAUUCGCGGAGAAGGGAGGAGACAAGAAGGAAGAGACUAUGGAGGUGCAGGACCUGGAGGAGGAGAAGGAGGAAGAGAAGGGCGAGCCCAGUCCCCCCACGUCCCUCAAGAGCCAUGAGCUGGAGCCCAAGGACUACUGCCACUUCACUACACAGCUGGUGGAGACUUUCUGGAAGCUACACACAGCCAAACCCACAAACUCCAUACUAGCUCCAGUCUGCCUGCCAGGACUUGCCCACGUAGAUACAACAGUGGGUGCUGUAGUGGAGAUCAUCCAUGCCUUCACUGUCUGUGACCAGGAGGCCGUGAACCUCGCCACCAAACACUACGUCCGACUACUUCUGUCUGCUGACCCUGUGGUGAGCUUCGCAUGUCGUCAGGCCCUCAUUCGGGCCCUGAGGCCGCCACACAGGAGGAGACGGGUGUUCAUCCCUUCACCCCCUCGAUGCAGCUCUCCAGAUGAUGUUGCAGGUGGCCCUGGUGGUGAUGAUGACGAUGACGAUGACCCUAAGCCUGACAAACCAGACACGCCUCCUCCCUCAGGCCCCCAGAUCUCCAACCAUGUGGAACACCAAGACCAGGACCCAGAGGGGGAUGACCAGUUCGAUGUAGUGGAAAACAAUGAGCCAAUGGUGUUGGAGCCAGGCGAGGGAAAUGCACACGGCAAUCAUCUCUCGGGUCUGGAGGCCCUGUACGGGUUUGACAGAAACUUUGAGCUGCCAGCUGAUGCUGAUGAUGAGGCAAUGGUGGAACUUGCUAUAGCCCUCAGUCUUCAAGAACAGGAAGGUGGAGCUGGUGGUCUGAGCCUACAGAGUCUUGGCUUGGCCAGGCAGGGACAGAGUGCUUCAUCAAUCGAGGAAGGCCCACUGUCUGACACAACAGCCUCAGCUCCUGGCAGUGACGACGAGGUUGGGAGUAAUGCAGCUACCGAGGGCUCCACUCUUCGCACAUCCCCAGCGGAACAGCCUGGCAGUGCUGGGUCAGAGAGUGGUGGGAGUGCUGUGGACUCCAUAUCAGUGAGUGGAAGGAGCAGUGCAUAUGGCUACUCAGCCCCUGAAGGAGGGGCUACAGCCCGUAGUGAGACCAGCAGUGUUGGAGGAGGGCCCUCGGGAUCCAUGCAUCACGAGGUGGACGUCAUGGAAACAGAUGCGGAUUAUGAUGCAAGCUGCAGACUGCACAGCCUGAGACUGCAGCUGUUGGAGAGACUUCUGCAGUAUCUACCCGAGAUCAGAGACGUUGGUGGAGUUCGAGCCAUCCCAUUCAUGCAGGUGUUGCUGAUGCUGACGUCUGACCUUGACAAUGAGGAAGAUAAGGACCGAGCAGCCCUGGACAACUUGCUGACCAUUAUCCUGAAGGAACUGGACCUUUCUGGACAGGGCCUUGAGAACAUCGAGACUCGGACCCGGCAGUUCGAGGUCAAGCUGAUUCUGCUGAGACUGCUCAGCGUCCUACUGUCUAGAACCAGAGCAGGAACUAAACCAUCCAGUGAGUGCCUGUCCUUCGUGAGCAACAGCACAGCAACGUCCCUGCUGUCCAGCGACGCCAUCGAGUACUGUAUGCAGGUUCUGCGCAACCUCCUGCCCUACUGGAAGAACUACUCCACCCCAGAGGAGGAGGGUAACACUACCCCCGGUCAGCUGUUGAAGCCACACCCCAACUGCCCACCCCCUGACAUGUCCCCCUUCUUCCUGCGCCAGUAUGUCAAGGGUCAUGCUAAUGAUGUUUUCGAGGACUACCCUCAGCUGCUGACAGAGAUGGUGCUCCGACUGCCCUACCAGCUGAAGAAAGUUGCCGAUGCAGUACAUAAUGUGCCCAGCGCCUCCUUCGAGCCCCACUGGCAUUCAGUGCUGUCAGAGUACCUGAUGACACAGCAGACUCCAUUUGUGAAGAGACAAGUGAGGAAGCUGCUGCUGUUCAUUUGUGGAUCGAAAGAGAAAUACCGACAGCUCCGGGACAUGCAUGCCAUCGAGAGCAACCUCCAGUCUGUGGUGGACAUCUGUGAGAAGGGUGGACUGGAUAUCAGUGCUGACAUCAUUCCCCAUGGUGUCAUCCUCCCUUACGACACACUCCUUACUAUGAUUGAACAUCUGAAGGUGGUGUACGAAAUCGCAUCAUCUCGUCCCUGCAACUGGCAGACCUAUUGUGAGCAGGCUCAAGACACCCUCCCCUUCCUGGUCAAGGCCAGCAUCUCACUGGAUGAGGGAGUGGCCCCCACCUUGCUGCAGUUGCUGCAGUCAGCACUGUGUGGCGUGAAGCCGUCCCCAGCGCAGAACGCGGCCAGCUCGUCCAGUAGUUCCACAACGUCUCCAGUCAAGCAGAAGAAGGACAAAACCAAAAACAAGAAUGAAGAAGACUGCGAGGAGAGUCAGAAGUUUGAUGAAACACUGUGCAUCAGCCUGGUGAAGCUGCUCAACCGGGUGCUGGACAAAGGGCUCUUCAUCAAGUUCAUCAGGACAUUCCUCCUAGAGUCCAACUCCAGUGGCAACAGAUGGUUGGCCCACAGUCUAGUUCUGCAGAUUUACAGGAACACUACGUCUGAGGAACAGGAGACGAUCCUGAACAUUAUGUGGGAGCUGUGGACAGAGCUGCCCAUCUACGGCAGGAAGGCAGCUCAGUUUGUCGACCUCCUCGGCUACUUCGUGCUCAAGACACCAGACAUCCCUGACAAGAGAGUUGGGGAGUACCUUGAGAAAGCUGUGUCAGUGCUACGGGAACAGAACCAGGUGUUGGCCAACCACCCCAACGCAACCAUCUACAACAUGCUGCAAGGGCUGGUGGACUUUGAUGGCUACUACUUGGAAAGUGACCCAUGUCUAGUCUGCAACAACCCGGAGGUCCCAUAUGCUAGUCUGAAGUUGUCUGCUAUCAAAGUGGAUUCCAAGUUCACAACAACAACACAGAUUGUGAAGCUGGUUGGCAGUCACAACAUCUCCAAGAUAUCACUCCGCAUCAGUGACCUGAAGCGGACGAAGAUGGUGAGAAGUCUGAACAUCUACUACAACAACCGCUCAGUCCAGGCCGUCGUGGAACUCAAGAACAGACCUGGCCUGUGGCACAAGGCAAGGAAGGUGACUUUGACAGCUGGACAGACUGAUGUCAAGGUGGAGUUCCCAAUUCCUAUAGUGGCCUGCAACCUGAUGAUUGAGUAUGCUGACUUCUUUGACAACCUACAAGCAACAGCUGAGACCCUACAAUGCCCUCGCUGUAGCGCAUCUGUCCCAGCCAACCCCGGGGUCUGUGGGAACUGUGGAGAGAAUGUGUUUCAGUGUCACAAGUGCAGAGCUAUCAACUAUGAUGAAAAGGACCCCUUCCUGUGCAAUGCCUGUGGUUUCUGCAAGUACGCAAAGUUCGAGUUCACUCUCACAGCCAAACCUUGCUGUGCCGUGGAUCCCAUCGAAAGUGAAGACGACCGCAAGAAGGCCAUCAGUACCAUCAACAGCUUGCUGGAGAAAGCUGACAAGAUCUACAAGAACCUACAGUCCCAUCGGCCUCUGUUGGAGAACCUGCUUAUCCAGGUAACGGAACACAACACUGACAGGAUCGGGGAGGUUCCCACCGCUGGAAGUGGAGGUGGAGUUCCAGCCAGUAGUGUCAACAAGGCCAUACAGAUGCUGGCUCAGAAGUACUGCGUGGAGUGCAAGACCUCCUUUGAUGAACUCAGCAAGAUCAUUCAGAAAGUACUGGCUUGUCGCCGGGAGCUGGUGGAGUAUGACAGACAACAAAGAGAGGCUGUGGCUGUCAAGGGCCAGGAGAUGUUCUUCGGGAGACAGGACUCCAAGGCUAAGGAAGUGGAGGCAUGUGCUGCUGCCACGCCCCGCAGAGAGAAGGAAAGUCUGCGUCCAACUAACUGCUAUGGCUGUGCCAGCUCUGCAGUCGAGCACUGCAUCACCUUAUUGAGAGCCCUUGUCACCAACAGCAACAUGAGGCAGAUCCUCUGUAGCCAGGGAAUGAUCCAGCAACUGAUUGACUACAACCUGCGUCACGGCACCCUGCCUGUCCGCAAUGAGGUGCGCUCACUGCUGUGUCUGCUGACCAAGGACAACCGCCGGGGCACGGAGGAGAUGAACAACCUCAUUAUGACCAGGAUCACUGCUGCCAUCAAGGGACAUCAGUCCAACCCUGACCUGGGUUCAUCAGUGAGGCACGAGAUCCUGCUACUUGCCAGCUCCCUCAAUCAGGACGACACCUGCUGGGAACAGAGAGUGAGAUGUGUGAUGCGGCUGUUCCUGAUGGGGAUGCACAUCAAGAGCCCUGUCAUCAUGGAGAGCAUCACACUGCCCUGUCUCCGUAUCCUGCAGAGUCUUGUCAGAAAUGAUGGCGUCAUCUUCAAGAAAAGGGUGAGCUGGGAUCAGUGAGUACCUGUUGCCGCCAAGUUCCACAUGGAUGUGAAGCAGUGGCUAGCUGGAGACCCUCGCUACUCGUACUGUCAGUGGAGGAAGAGGCUGCCUCGGAGAGCUGUCACUGAGGAGACAGAGACAAAGAAGGAGGAGGAGAAGAAAGAGGUCCGUGCUCGCUACCUGAUGGAGAAGUAUGGGAUGAGGUGGCAGCAGAAGAUGUGGAAAACGCCGGCCAUCACGCUGAAGCUGACUCAGAACACCUGGUUGCAGCAGGCCAUGUUCUCCCCAUCUUCCCGCUCCGCUCGACAGACUGCCUGCAGCAUCAUCGAGGCCAUCGCUCAGGUGCCCAGCCGAAGGAGAGAGGUCAUGGACAUGAUCACAGGGUGCCUGGAUGAGGUUGGGAGGAGCGGGGAGUGUGCCAGUGACUUCCUGUGUAUGUACAAGAGACUCAUCAUCCCCGACUACUGGAAGUUCUACCUGGCCAUCAAGGGGGUGCUGCUGCACCUGGGGGACCUCAUCACCAGGGAAGUAGAACAUCUUGAAUAUCUGGAAGAAACAACUCUCAGUUCAGACCUGGCUCAAGGCUUUGCUCUCAAGUCCCUUACAGAGCUGCUGUCCAUGUUUGUGGAGCAGGAGAUGCUGAAGCAGCACUACAAGAACCGCCUGGUGGGCUACAUCCUCAACGGCUACCUGUCGCUGCGGAAGCUGGUCGUGCAGCGCACCAAGCUCAUCGAUGAGACCCAGGAGAAGCUGCUGGAGCUGCUAGAGGAACUCACCACAGGCACUGACAGUGAGACAAAAGAGUUUAUGGCUGUGUGUGUGCAGACAGUCAAGAAGUACCCCCUCAAGGACAACCGUUCACCUGUCUUCAUCUUCGAGAGACUCUGUAGCAUCAUCUACCCGGAGGAGAAUGAUGUUGCGGAAUUCUUCAUGAUUCUGGAGAAAGACCCUCAACAAGAGGACUUCCUGCAGGGGAGGAUGCUGGGUAACCCAUACAGUUCUAACGAGCCUGGAAUGGGACCACUCAUGAGAGACAUCAAAAACAAGAUCUGUCAAGACUGUGAGUUGGUUGCUCUGUUGGAAGAUGACACUGGGAUGGAGCUGCUGGUGAACAAGAAGAUAAUCAGCCUGGAUCUGCCUGUGAAGGAGGUUUACAAGAAGAUCUGGUUGCCUGAACAUGGGGAGGGGGAGCCAAUGCCAAUCAUCUACAGAAUGAGAGGGCUACUGGGCGACGCCACUGAGGACAUGGUCAACUCCUUCGACAACAGCUCAGAGGAGGACAUCGACAAGGAAGAAGUGUUCAAGAUGGCUGCCAUUCUGGCCGAGAACGGUGGACUGGAGGUCAUGUUAGAGAGACUGUCGUCAGUGAAGGACCUGGUUCUGGGCAAACAACUCAUGGUGGUGCUCCUGAAGCUGUUUGGCUUUGCUGUCAAUGUCAAGGUCAACCGACAGGAACUGAUCAAACCGGAACUGAACACUAUCAACAUCAUGCUGGGUGCUCUCAAUCUGGCCCUGUGGAGUGAGCAGGAGGGAGGUACCAGCGCCACCAAGGGGCAGACAAUCACAGAGCAGAUCCUGCAGAUCUUGGAGGUCAUCCUCCUUGAGGCCAGUCAGCAGACCCCCGAACAAUAUACUGAAUUCUCCAAACUGUGUGGUGACAAGGAGCAGCUGAUGAUGUUGCUUGGCCGCAUCAACUCCCCCUUCGUCCGCGCCAACAACAACGUCCUGCAGGCUCUUAUGAGACUCAUCCCCUUCCUGGCCUUCGGUGAGGAUGACAAGAUGAUGGCACUACUCAACCACUUCAAGCAGUACCUCGACUUCAACAAGUUUGACUUCGAGCACAGCCAGGAUGAACAGGUGCACCUUGACUGUUUCUGUGCAAUCGCAAGCGGUAUUGAGAGCAAUGCCAAUGGUAUCCGACUGAAAAAUCUGAUCCUUCAAGACGGAGUUGUUCAGAGUUCUGUGGACUACAUUCUCAUGCAUGCUCCAGCUAUCAAAACACUCCUGGCGACUGACUCAGAGGUAUGGAAAGAGUUUAUCAGCAAGCAGUCCCUUGGAUACGCUCUUCGUCUCCUCACUGGUCUCUGUACCAAACACAAACUGACACAGGACCUGAUAGCGGAGAGCUGUAUCCCCAUCCUCCACAAGCUGGAGCAGGUGUCCUCUGACAAACACAUCGGCACGCUGGCCGAGAAUCUACUGGAUGCUCUCAAGAGCAACGAAUCAGCAGCCAGAAAGAUUGAGGAGAUUCGACAACAGACAAAGGCAGAGAAGAAGAGGCUAGCCAUGGCCGUCAGGAAGAAGCAUCUUGGAGCUCUCGGGAUGACGACGAACGAGAAGGGGCAGGUGACUGUGAAGAGCACGGUGCUGAAGCAGAUGGAGGACCUGAAGGAGGAGACCGGCCUCACCUGCUGCAUCUGUAGGGAGGGCUACAGGUACCAGCCUCAGAAGGUACUUGCUAUCUACACAUUCACUAAGAGAACAAACCUGGACGAGUUCGAGAACAAGACCAGGAAGUCAGUGGGCUACACCACCGUGUCCCACUUCAACGUCAUCCACGUCGAGUGUCACGCUGCUGCUGUUAGACAUGCUCGGGGUAGAGAGGAGUGGGAGAGUGCGGCACUCCAGAACGCCAACACCAAGUGCAAUGGACUCCUCCCAAUGUGGGGACCACAGGUCCAGGAAUCAGUUUUCGCCACUUGUCUCGCCAGACACAACAACUACCUACAGGAGUGUACGGGGGUGCGAGACCCCAGCCAUCUCUACACAGUACAUGAUAUCAAGCUGCUACUUAUGAGGUUUGCCCAGGAGAAGUCCUUCAGUGAUGAGAGUGGUGGCGGCGGUCGGCAGAGCAACAUGCAUCUGGUUCCAUACAUGGUUCAUAUGGCUCUCUACGUAGUCAACACGACACGCUCAAUGACUAGGGAUGAGAAGAAUGUGCAAACCUUCCAUGAUGCCGAAGAAAAAUGGAUAGAAAACUGUUUCGAGGCCGAAGGUCCACUGUACUACCCUGUCUUGUCCAUCUUGGUGCACUCCCCGGAGAAGUGGCAGCAGCUCAGAGUCAAGUACCUCAAGAGGCUGUUGGUGCUGGCCCAUGUCAGGAGUGUGUGUCAGGUCGGCGCCAAGACUGUGCCAGUGAAUGACAAGACUCCCAAAGAAUAUGCGGUGUACAAGAAUGUCCUCAUCUUCUUUGGCUUCCUGUGCAGUUUCUAUGACAAAAUCCUUAAGAAAGUGACCAUCAACCCUGAAAGCUCAUGGAGCAACUCUCUGGCGGAGUACAUCCGGAACAAUGACAAGCCAGUGCUGGAGGGUUGUGACAAGAUCAUUCGUCUCUACGAAGGGGAGAUGCUACCAUGUGAAUCCCUGGCUGAGUUCUGUGAUGUCAUUGGGAUGCUCGAGGAGGUUCCUAACCCAGAGGAAUUUCAGAAAGAGCUCUUCGCUUCUCUGCCCUGAACCCUCACAUAAAGGUGUCACCGAUGCAGUCUCCUGCUGCUGCUGCAUGUCGCUCACUGUGAUGUCAGCAAGCUGUUGAUGUUGUCACCUCCAGAGAUGUUUCCUUCAAGUCAAUGAUUCUCACCUGGUUCUCACCUUGUCGACCAUACAUGUUUAACUGUACCUGUGUUCUACACUGUAUUGCACUGUUUUAAUUUUGAUGUUUUGAUGAUAAGUAAGUUUGGAGCGAUGAACUUCCAGUGAUUUUUAGAUCUAAAUUAUUGGUAAAAUGGUUUUCAAAUAUCUAUCAUGCUUUCUGUGCAAGUUUGGAAUAAUUAUUUGCUUUUCAAAUUUUUCAACCUAUUUGAGACUUCAUUGAUGGGCUUUUACUGAAGCAAAUUUGUUUCCCUUAUGAAUUUGAUGUUUCGUACAUUUCCGUAAGAAUUUAAUGGACAAGAUUAAUGUUGCUUAGCAAGAUUCUUGGGGAAUUGUUAUCAAUUAGCGGUAUGUCAGAAAUCUUGUAAAACAUUCUAUGAACAUCAUUGCUGGUCUCUCUUCAUGAUCCCACAGCACAACAUUAAUAGCAUUCCCAAGGCCACAGGUUUUUAGUGUUUUGGUAAACAGAUCUUGGCUAAUCAGUAAGCUUGUGUAAGGCAAUAUGUACAAAACUGGUGUCCUUUAAGCAGGAAAGACUAAAAGCUGAAUCGGUUAAAGUGAAAGAUGCUAAGUAUUUUUGCAGUAAGAGGAAUAUGAACAUUUGUGUCAGAAGGUGCUGAGAUUAGGAUAUUAGGCAGCAGCUCUAGAAAAAUAUACAGAUACACUUUUCAGAUGAUAUUUAUUGUAAUAUAUUUUCUGCAUUGCAGUAUAUUUCGUAAAAAGAAAUAUAACAAGUUUUGUAAAAUUUUGUGGUGUAAAAUAUCUACACUGAAAUGUUUUCACAAUUUAUGUUUAA